AUGGCGGGACACGCUGAAAGUCGACUGGUAAAUCAUAGUUGUUUGAAUUUUAUCAAAAUUUUAUGCAUUUCAGGUGAGCGAACAACUCGUGACACUCGAUUUGCCGACUCCGACAGCAAUCAAAUGCGAUUCGUUCGGAAAAUUGGUUCAGGAGGUCGGAUUUUGUCAAGUUCAUGUUUAAAACAUGAACAUUUGUGGUUUUCAGACAAAAUUGGUGUGGGGCGGCGAAGGUGGCGAGCUUUUCGACAAAAUCGUGUUUCAAGACGACGAUCUGUACGAUGUCACACAGGACAGCUUUAGAUACGGGCGGUGAGCGCCUUUUUUGUUAAAAUUUUGUCAAAAAAAUUGAAAAUUCAUCGAAAAACGAAUAUUUCAAAUUUCAGCGUCACUUCUGGAACCAGCUACAAUCUGGUAACCGGAAAAAUGCAGGAGGAGGUGCUCGAAGCGGUGAAAGCCAAGGACGAAGAGGCCGACGAUCCAGAAGACCCGGUGACGUCAUCCGAGUCUGUCGGGGCGCUUAAUUUCCAAGAAUCGUACGAUUCUCAGAUGCCAAAGUACUUUGAGUACCGAUCCACGUUUCCGGUAGCGCUUUUUAGAUUUUCCAUUUUUUACUCUAUUUUUUUGCAGGAAAUCAAAGAAAUCUGGACGCUUUUGUUCGAUCAGAAGCACUACGACGAGCUAUCGACUUUUGAGCUGCAAGCGGCUAUUUGCGCGGCUCUCAACUCGAAGCAUCAUUUGAUUUUGUGCGUUGGCGUCGACGACUACAAUUGCGUGACGGGCGUGGAGAUGUCCGCUGUAGAACGCGUCGUUUUUCGGAUGGCUUUGACGAGAGCCGUCGCCGGAGAAUUUCAGCCGCCUCUUGUCAAGGUAAAAUGCUGAAAAUCUGUUAAUUUCCAUGUUUACCGUACAUUUGUACAUUAUUACAGAUUCCGCCGAAACAACAGACGGGCGUGUCGCCGAUGAAACGUGACGUGUCCGAAUUGACGCCGUCGAUCGAUGUGCUCUUUAUUCCGGUGCUCGGAGUGCCGACGGCUCUCGGAGACUCCGCCGGGCUCACAAAUCGCUUUCUGAUCGUGGUCCGAGUCAAAGACAUCACCGAAAAACUGUAUCAACUGUCUUCCGGACGUAUUUAUGUGGAAAAGGAGGGUCGAGUCGUGGAAACGGCCAGUUUGAAUGAGGUUCUUGCAAUUUUUGCUAAAUAAAACAUGAGCAAUUUCAGGCGUUUCACCAUCUAAUCACUGCGAAAAGUGCUCCGAAACCGACGAUUGGCAGCUAUUUCAUGCGCGAGCCGGAGCCGUUCAUCGAGGACGCCUACAUUCCGCUCGACGAGUGCUCCGACGACGAUGGCGAAGAAGAAGCGCCAGAAAAAGAGGCAGAAGCUGAAAAGUAGAUAUUUUAAUCGAAGGUCGAUAGAGAUCCGCAAUGUUUCAGCGCUCCGCUCACAAUUUCCACCCCAAUUUACUGGCAAUUCAAUCUGGAGCACUUUGGAUGGCUUCUUUUCGGAUCCGCCCUCGCGUUCACCAUCUACCGCAACGGUCUCAAAUUUCGUGUUUAAUUUUCUGUACCAUUUCCAUCAUGUUCUAUUGUGUCAGACACAUUUUUAUUUGAUUUUACGGCCUUUUUUCAAGUGAAUAAGCAAAAACCCCGGAAUGGGUCCUUUUUACCGCUUUCCCUCGGAUUUUUGAUGUUUUAAUCAAAAAAUUUGUUCCAGUUCAACGAUAUCAUGGAUUCGAAGGAUCCAACGGAGCCAGAUGA